AUGAUGCAUUUGGAGAGGUUGGCGAAGAAUGGUGGAUUGCACAUCCACCAAUGUAAAAGAAUGUGGUGUGCAAGAAGCCUUCUUCGGGAAAGCUUCAAGAGCGACAACCAGAUGCACAAGAGAAGAAUGGCAGAGAAGAACAAAACACAGCAAGACAUAAGUGAUUCUUCGCUUUCUUCUCCUGAUAUGUCAGAAACUGGUGAUGUUGAGUUGCCCAUAAUGGCAGAUGUGCUGUCUCCUCCACCCACAGCAAGUGUCGAGCCUGCUCGCAAGAGAAGCCGAAGAUCAGUAAAUGCUUAUUUUACUGAACAAGUAAGCAUAUUAUAUAAAGAAAUUGACCAUUCUGUUAAAGCUGCAAAGGAAAAACAAGAGGUUGUGCUAGAAUUGAAAGCAAUAGAACAAAAGAAAGAAUGUAAUAGAGGAAAGGAAGGACGCUUGAUUUUUUUUGAAAAAUGGUAA